AAAUUGGGAUUGCUGUCAUUUUUUUAAGAAAGAAAUUGAGGAGAAUUAAUAAAGGGAUCUAGACAAAGCAGAUAUGGAAACCUAUUCAUUUAGAAGGGAUGAAGCCAGAUUUCACUAAUUUAAGAUUAUUUGCAAAAACACUAAUAUGUACACGCGAAACAACAUUUUACCACAGUGCAUACUUAUGAAAUAUGUUGUUUCUGUGAUGAGGAGAGAGUCCAACAUGGCCAUAAGAGAUUUUUUAAGCCCCUGAAAGAGAGAGAAAUUGCAGGGGUGUGUGAAAAACACACUGGAAGUUGGACUAAAGUCCAGGGGACUAAAUUCUUCCUAUGGGAAGACAGUAGGACUUGAUGGGCCAACUGGCCUCUUUGUACCUGUAAUCGCUCUUACCUUGAACAGUUUUGCUAAACCAGUUAGAGAUAUAAUUAUUCCUUUUUAAAAUUUUUAUACUGAUGAGAAAAAAUGCCUAGACUUAAUACAUCAUUCUUAGAGAAUUAGAAAUUGUUAACUGUUCAUAUAAUAUUGAUUUUCACAGCCAUUCUGUAACAUUGGAAAGGAAGUUAGCUGAUUUCCAGAAAAUCAAGCUUUAGUUAUGUUGAUGAUUUUGGGGUGCAGGUUUUCACUAAUUAUAAAACAUCAUGUGGUCUUUACACUUUUCAGAUGUCUUAACACAAAUGAAAUAAAUGUUCAUUGUAUAUCUAGCAACAGAAAUCAUUUAGCAGCAUUAAUAGAUUGUCAUCCUCUCAAAUGAGGGGAAAAUGUCUUAAAGACACAGCUUUAUAUGUUUAAAAAAAAAAGUAUUGCUUGUGAUUGAAAUCAUUUGAAGCAACCAAUGAAAGUAAGAAAUUAUUCCACAAUCCGUAUUAACCCUAUGUGGUAUGAACUAACUUGUUGCAAGUACUGUGCAAGUAACUGUACUAAACUUGUUUGACUUUAUGUAAGCAUGUUUAGCACACAGGCAAUGAAAUUCAUGAAGAAAGACUGGCAUGCAGCAAGUGGUGCAUUGUAACAAUUUUUGUACCUGUAUGCAUUGGAUUUCUGGAGAGGUUUUACAGUUAUUUGAAAGCACAGGAUGUGGACUUGACACCUGCAAUGGUAGUAAAUGAGCUGAUGUUAAUGUGUGAAUACACUAAAGGAAAGGAACAUCGCCUAUGUUACUAUAUUGGAGCAACGAGUGAUGCUGCAACUAAAAUUGUGAAUGAAAUAGCACGGCCAAUGAGUGCACAUGUACCGGUCCAGAAAAUCUGCGAAAAACUGAAAGUGAAAGACAUGCAGAUAUGUGAGCUGAAAUAUGAAAAUAAAUUGCUUUUGAAGAAAGCUGAAUUACACAAACUGCGAGUGGCCCAGCUAAAGAAGAUUCUUGAAGACUGGGGAGAGAAAUGCAUCGCCUGUGCAGAGAAAAUUGACCUUAUUGAUUUAAUCUUGGAAUUAGCUCACAAAUACGGGUCUGCUGAACUAGAUGUGAACUUUGAUCUAUAAAGCAUCACCUACUUUUAAAAAAAAAAGAGUGGACUCCAAAAAUAAUUUAUUGAUUGUAUUUGUGGUAUAUGCCAUGUGUAUAUAGGAUACCAUAAAGAGAAGUUUACCACUUCAAAUGAACUUUC